AUGUUGUUCUCCGUCUUUUCUGCCUUGGUGCUUGCUAGCUUUGCUGGCGCGCGCUCCGUUGGGACCCCCAGGAUCAGGGACACUGUGAACAGCCACCCUCCCUUGUCCCAAUCUUCCGUCGUAAAGCGGGAUGUCCUCUCGAGCAACUGGGCUGGCCCCGUCAAGGCAGGCUCGGGCAUCAGCGUAGUCGAAGCGACCUGGACCGUGCCCAACGUUUCUAUCCCAGUUGGACGAUCCAAGACGGACCAGUACUGGUUUUACCAGUGGGUUGGCAUCGACGGCGUUGGAAAUUGUACCGUGCUCCUGCAGGGAGGCACCGGUCAUACCAUUACGAACGGCGUCGUCGAUGUUUACACCUGGUACGAGUUCUAUCCUGCAAAUUGGAUCCGUGGGGCGGUGAAAGGUGAGACUGCAAACGCCCGGCCCUCCUCGUGCAGAGAGAUGGAUUCUAAGCUACUUUCACCAACAGUCAGCAUUGGGGACGAGGUCUACACGAAAGUCACAGCCACAUCCAACACGACGGGCACCAUCCACUUCUGGAAUAAGUCAACCGGUUUUGCGGCCACACACCGUGUCAAGAGCGUCCACGGCCCGCUGUGCCAGAAGAGCGCCGACUGGAUCGCGGAGGAUCCAGGCGACCUCGUGCCGUUCCCCGACUUUACGACCUAUGACUUUCAUAAAUGCAAGGCCACGACCAGCUCAGGCGAAACACUGAACUUGGGGGGAUCUGAAAAGUGGUACAUGAAGCAGCGCGGUCGUGUGCUCGCCAGCAGCGAGAUCACGAGCGAUACGGAUGUGACUUUCAAGAACGGCUAG